CUCCCGCCCUUCCCUCCCUCCCAUGUUCUAUUUCUAAUAAACGGCGGGGUCCACAGGUAAAAAGGCAGGCAAGCACGACGGACAGAUUGAAGGCUAUAAUUAUCCUUCAACAAGAAGCAACCCCCAAUUUCCCAUUAAGCAUUUCGUGUUAAAUCAGCUACUUGUUUACUUGUUUAACUACUGAAGAACCUUCAAUGGAUCAAGAGAUGGAUGAUGUCAUGUUUUGGCUGCCGACGGAGUUCCUGAACGACGACGACGUGCUUGUGGACUUCAAGUCCGGAAGAAACAAAGGUACGUCAACUAUGUAUGGGCCAGACUCCGAUCUCAGUUCUCCGGUGGAGUCUGUAAUGGGUUCAACGGAGACCGAGAGUGACGAAGAAGAUUAUCUCAACGAACUGUCUCGAAAGCUGGCUCAGUCCACUCUUGAAGAUAAUUACUGGAAAACGGAAAACAGUUCCGGUCUGGAAAGUCACCACUCGAAGUCAACAAGUGUUAUGUCGGGGUCGCCCCAAUCUACGUUGUGCGGCUGUAAGCAGACGACGAGCAGUCGGAGUACUAAUUGUCUUUCACCGGCGCCGCCGGUGACUCACACCGAAACCGCCUGGGAUCUUCUGUACGCAGCUGCUGGUGAAGUUGCGAGGCUCAGGAUGGUGGAUUCUAACAGAAAUCACAUAGCUCCACAAGCACCUCGAAGAAUUCCAAGCCCUAAUUUCCAACUUCAACAAUUUCAAGCUGCUCAACAGUUGAAACAGCAGCAACAUCAACAUCAACAACAGCAGUAUCAGCAAUUUAUACCACCAACCAGGGGUAGGACGUCUGGAGGAAACAUGAAACCGGCGGCGCUGCCGUUAUCUGCUUGGCCUACUCUGCAACAAUCUCAGCAACAGCCACCACCGGGAUCGGGUAUGAGGGCUGUCUUUCUUGGAAACCCAACCACCAAACGAGAAUGUACUGGCACUGGGGUUUUCUUGCCUCGCCAAAUCGGAGCUCCGGCCGAGCCCCCAAAGAAACGAGCAGGGUGUUCCACUGUUUUACUUCCAGAGAGAGUUUUACAUGCUCUGAAUCUGAAUCUUGAAGCUCAAAACGGAUCCAAUGGCGGACGACCUUGUUAUGAUUACGAUGCAGAAAUGAGGCACCGGAGGAGCGUGUUAAUGGCGGAGCAGAGGCGGAGACAGGUUGAGAAGGAUCUGAGGCUACCGCAUGAGUGGACGUAUUGAUGGUGGAAUUAGGGGAGUAGGGGUAGAAGAGAAGAGAGAAUAAAAGGUUGAAGUAGAAAGAUGGCAACAAGGAACAAAAUCCUCUGGUUUUGGUAUGAGAUUUUUGUUUUGGGGUGGAGUGAAGAAAGAAAUAAAGGU